AACUUCCUGAACAGGGAAAGAAAGAGUGAGACAGAGAGGGAGGGAGGGCGAGAGAGUGGGGGAGCGAGCAGUAACUAACAAGAUUGUUAAAAAGGAAGGAGACAGACGGGAGAAGGAGGAGGAGGAGGUUUCACGGGCACGAGUGCUGCUGAGCCUCCCCUGGGGGUUCAUUCUCACCCACCAUGACCAGUGCGGUCUUGAGGCGGAAUUCCAGUAAACAGGGGUUGCAGAAUCUGAUCAGGCUAACUGCACAAUGGAGUGUGGAGGAUGAGGAGGAAGCAGCUAGAGAGCGCCGCCGAAGGGAACGCGAGAGGCAACUGAGGUCCCAGGCAGAAGAAGGCCUUAACAAUACGAGCACGGCUUCAGACAAUGGAGUGGCAGAACAAGAAAGCCGCAUUGACUGUAAGCCUUCUGGGACUUCAGAACUGGAAGAAGAUGAAGGAUUUAGUGACUGGUCCCAGAAACUUGAGCAGCGCAAGCAGAGGUGGGCAGGAGAGGGAGCGCAAGAAGGAGAGCGGACAUCCUAUGGCGAAUGGAGAGAUGCCCAACAGGUCGCACCUGGACCCUGUGAAGGAAGGCAUUUCUAUGGGGAAGAAGACAGCAAUCUGACGGAAGCCACAGCCAAGCUGGAGCAGGUCCACCUGCAGCAGGAGUCUCCCACCUUCAUCCACUUUGCACCCGUGCCUUCAAACUUCCUCAGGUUUGUUUCUGCCUCAGUCUCAGAAGAUCAGCCUGAAGCAAAGCUGGAGGAGGAGCAGCCAAAGCUUAGUGAAGCUGUGGAUGUCGGAGAGGAAAAUCAAGACGUUCAAGAAGAGCCCCAGGAUUUUGCAGAGGACAAUAAGCAUGAAGAAGAGCAAGAAAAGCAGGAGGAAAAAAGAAGAUGGAAGGAGGAGGAAGGAGAACCAGCAAAACGGCAGAGAACCCCAAGCACUUCCAGCCAGGAGGAGGAUGGCCAGCCGCCUUUAAGUCCUACAAUAAAGAUCAUCGACAGAACUGAAUCUUUCAACCGCUCCGUACAGAAAAGUAAUAGUGUGAAGAAGAGCCAGCCGCCUCUUCCAGUUUCAAAGAUUGAUGACAAACUUGAGCAGUACACUCAUGCCAUUGAGAGUUCCAGCAAGGGCCCCAAACCAGUGCGUCAGCUUUCCAUUGACCUUCCUACCAAUAGUGCAGCAGUGGCCAGCACGAAAAGCCUCUGGGAGACCGGAGAAGUGGCCCAAUCCCCUGUGAAGACAACACCUUGUAAGGACAUUGUGGCUGGAGACAUUGUGAACAAGAGAAGCAUUUGGGAGCAGAAAGAGAGCCCAAGUACAGAUGGAAAUGCUAAGGUCAGGCUUCCUGGUAAGAAGUACAAGUAUGUGGCAACUGGACAUGGCCAAUACAAAAAGGUGUUGAUAGAAGAUGGGGCAACGGAAAAAUAGCCUGCUUAGGCAUCAAACACACAGCUUGACUUGGUCCUCAUCGGAACACCCGAGAUAAUACUUCUGUGCAACGCUGUUGUUUCCUCUGCUAAAAGAGAACUAUAUUCAACGGAUGUCUUCCCUUCCUUGCUCAAAUCGGCAACCUGCUUUAAAGCCAGCUACAGUUUUCUUCCCAGAUGGGAGCAUCUCUCCAAGUUGACAUUCAUUUCAACACAUCAUCAACACAUAGAUAGAGAAAGGCUUGACUAUUUCUCCUAGCCAAGCCUAGGGGCUAAGUCCAGGAAAUAAAGACGCAGAACAGCAAACAAGUUAAUUUCCCCAACAUAACAAAAAGCCAAUUUAAAGUGGUUGGUUUAAAAUGUUAAUCGCCAGUUGACAUUUUAAACCAACCAACUAACCAACCACUUUAGAUUGGCUUUUUGUUAUGUUGGGGAAAUUAACUUGUUUGCUGUUCUGCAUCUUUAUUUCCUGGACUUAGCCCCUAGGCUUGGCUAGGAGAAAUAGUCAAGCCUUUAUCUAUACUUUAUCAAUAACUAGGAAGGAACCUUUAGUAUUCCUUACCUUCCUUUGAGUUGUGAGCCAAAAACAACAAAAAAACAAAUGUGAAAAUAAAGAUUAAGGUGAGAUGGGUGGUAAGAAAACCUAGCUGUCCAUAGCUGAUUCUAAAGAGUCUUCUGCCAUCUGAACCCUCAAAAUGGCAAUGCAUGCCAGUGCCUCAAUUAUUAGGUGGGGGUUUUGUUGUUUGAUUUUUAUGGUGGGGACACACUUCAUUUCCUAUCACCAUUCUGAACUUUUAAAGAUUAAAUAAGUGGGAAACUGUAUGCAACCAUACAUUCAGGAUAGCCCUGUCACAUUGUCCAUUCAACUUGAAACCCACCCAAUGUUCCCAUCUGGAUAAAAAAGGUUAUCCAGUCAAGGUAUGAAAAGUUUCUACCUUGUGGCUAAUGCUGUCAUGGAGGUGCUCCUUAAGAAGUAUGUGAUGAGUCUUCCCUUGCACUGUUUCAGUCAGGGUGAUCAUCACAUGGCCAAGAAGCACUUCAGGAAAUCUCUCCUGCCAAUCCAAAAGUGCCUGCCUGAUCCGCAAUGUAUUGCUAAUUCUGGCUUUCCUUGAUUUCUCCUGUCAUGGCUAGUUCAGGAGUACAGAUCCUGAAGCUUCUUUUCUGUAUUCAGACGUAUAGUUCUCUUCCCAUUAAACAUAAAGGUUUAAGCUGAGCUCUACUAGGACUUGGAGGUAUUUCCUUUGAAAUUGUCCUCUGAGGUAUGGGAUUGAGAGUGGAAACAGGAAGCAGGCCUGAGGGUGCACCUGGGAGACCAAGAGGUCUCUGUCUUGAACCAUUCCUACCUUGAAGAGGGCAAGGUGGUGUUUCUGGAAAAAUUACCAGUUGGGAUAAAGGGCAGCUCCCAGAGGCCAGCAAUAUUGGGGCUCGAAGGAAACCUUUCAAAAAAUGGCUGCUAAUACUUGCAUGGAGUAGUUGGUCUCAUGUGACUUGACCCAUGCAUUGCAAUAUAUCAAUGCUCCUCUUAGCCUGCCAACUACAAAUAUUAUUUGCCUUCCUCUAAACAAAAAUAAAAUUGGCCACUAUAGCCUACUUCUGUUCUCCUAAGUUUGGAAUUUUGCAUCUCGAGAGCCUAGAUAUUUUCCUAUUUUCUUUCACUUUUCUUUUGCUUUCAUCCGUUAGGUUUCUGUGUGACCUGGAAUUGUUUUGUAAGCAUUUAAUAAAAAUUCUG